AUGCCGAAAAACAGUGAUCCUCCACCUCCCUCCCUGACAGAUGAGAGGAACCAUGACAAGAAGAUUCUAGAAGUCAUCCAGAAGAUCAUCGAGCUGCUGACAGGAGAGAAUUCCACACAGGAACAUCAUGAGAUCCCUCAAAAUCAUCAGAAAGAAAGUGUCAUUAAAACUGAAGUAGAAGAAGAAGAAGGUCCAUAUGUGAUGGGUGAUGAUGAGUCAUGUAAGGAGGAGGAAAUCCCUCCAGAGAUGAGCACAGAUGGAUGCCACAUGAGGACCAACAUGGAGAACUAUCCUGUAUCUUCUUCAGAGGGUGAAACAGAAGACAACAUCCCAUUGGACUGUCAAGGGGAAAACCCCAUAACCCCCAAUCUCCAUCCAGUACUUCAGAGUGCAGAUCUCUUAUCUGUUCCCUCAACACCCAAAGGAAGUCUGUUUGGUCCCAUGUACACUUCACCCCACCAUAGCGAAAUACUUUCUUGUUGCGAGUGCGGUGAAUGUUUCACUGAGAGGUUGGAACUUACCAUGCACCAAAACUCCCACGCAGCAGGGAAGCCUUUUUCAUGCCCCAAUUGUGGCAAAUGCUUCAAGGAGAGGGGAAAUCUCACGGCCCACCUCAAAAUUCACACUGGGGAAAAGCCUUUUUCCUGCCCCGAAUGUGGGAUUUCAUUUACGAGCGAACCCCAACUGAGGAGACACAGAAGAGUCCACGCCGGAGAGAAGCCCUUUUCCUGCUCCGAAUGCGGCAAAAGCUUUAUCCAAAAAUUCCGCCUCGUGCAGCACAUCCGUACCCACACCGGGGAGAAGCCUUUCUCCUGCCCCCAGUGUGGGAAGAGCUUCGCCUCGAGAUCCAGCCUCUUUGUGCAUCAAAAAGUUCACUCGUUCGAGAAGCCGCAUUCGUGCCCCCAGUGCGGGACCUGUUUUAAGCAGAAAAACAAUCUUAAGAAACAUCUGAGGAAGCACACCGAAGAAAGACAAUUCUCCUGUGCCGAGUGCUGGAAGAGUUUUAUGAGGAAGGACGAACUGGAGACUCACCAGAGGUCCCACACAGGAGAGAAACCGUUCUUGUGCCCCGAGUGUGGCAAACGUUUUCAGAUGAAGUCUUCUCUUGUUAAGCACACCAAGAACCACACAGGGGAAAUGCCAUAUUCAUGCUCCGACUGCGAGAAAAGCUUUCCGACCAAAUUCCGGCUGGACAGCCAUAGAAGGGUCCAUGUCGAGAAACAGCCUUAUUAUUGUUCUGUGUGCCGGAGGUGUUUUACCCAGAAAUCCAGUCUCGUUAUACAUGAAAGGGUCCACAUAGGAGAGGAGCCACUGUCGUGGACAGAGCACGGGGCGUGCUACAUGAGGAAGGGGAUGUGA